ACGUGCUUGUAGUGCAGCCCAAGACGCUGAUUCCAGCCACGCCUUACUGCGAAGCCCAAAGAUUCAUGAUGGUGAAAAUUGCCUUCAACACACUCAUGGCAGUGCAAAAACAGCAGGCGCAGCAAGACGCGGAGGCCCUCAUAAACCGAAUGGUCGGAGCUCAGAAAUUGACCCGCAAGGGGCUCCAGGUUGCCACCCAGGAAAAAGAGGGCUUCUCUGGGAGAUGCAUGCUUACUCUCUUAGGCCUUUCAUUCAUCUUGGCAGGACUUACUAUUGGUGGAGCCUGCAUUUACAAGUACUUCAUGCCCAAGAAUACCAUCUACCAUGGAGAGUUGUGCUUCUUUGACUCUGGAGACCCUCCAAAUUCCCUUCAAGAAGAGAAGCCCUACUUCCUACCUGUGACAGAGGAAGCUGACAUUCGUGAAGAUGACAACAUUGCAAUCAUUGAUGUGCCUGUCCCCAGUUUCUCUGAUAGUGAUCCUGCAGCAGUUAUUCAUGACUUUGAAAAGGGCAUGACUGCUUACCUGGACUUGUUUCUGGGUAACUGUUAUCUGAUGCCUCUCAAUACUUCUAUUGUUCUUCCUCCAAAGAAUUUGGUGGAGUUCUUUGGAAAACUGGCAAGUGGCAAAUACCUGUCUCACACUUAUGUCGUUCAUGAAGACCUGGUUGCUGUAGAAGAGAUUCGUGAUGUUAGUAACCUUGGCAUCUUUAUUUACCAACUUUGCAACAACCGCAAGUCCUUCCGCCUUCGUAGAAGAGACCUAUUGCUGGAUUUCAACAGACGUGCCAUUGAUAAGUGCUGGAAGAUCAGACACUUCCCCAACAAAUUUAUUGUUGAGACCAAGAUCUGUCAAGAGUGAGAGGCAACAGAAAAAAGUAUCCUUAGUAAUAAGUCAGAAUUGUACAGUAUUACUUCAACAUUAAAGUGUGUAGGAUACUCAUGAUAUUUACUCUUGCAUAUAUUCUAUUGCUUAUACAAAAAAAGGAAGGAAAAAUCUAACCACAGCAAGUUCUUGUCAAUUUUUAGUUUAAUAGGCAUUACUUUUUGUUUAAAUUUGAAAUUAUAUAAUUCUAUGUUUUUCUUUUCAAUUUAUAGAGUUUAGACUUCUAAAAGCCACAGGAAUAUGUCAGCUAACAUCCUGACAGUAAAUUCCAUCCUUUGCAUGUGUGUUUUAAAGUAAGUUCUUUACUCAGUCAUAUGGUAGAACGUGUUUUAAAUUUAAAAUAUUUAAAAUUAUUUUUCAAUGUUUUUUGUAAAACACGUCAAAUUUCUUAACAUUGCAAAGUUUUGUUUUAUUUUUAUUUUGUAUAAUUUUCUUGAAUAUAGAAAUUAUAUCUUUACGUUUCUGUUAGGUACUCUGUAACAGAUUCUCUUUAUAUGCAAAAACAAUUCAUACACAAAUGCAGUGAUACUAUCUCACUGAUAUUUGUAUUGUGAAAUACACAAAACUAUACAAGUGUUGAAGAAUUUAGGUUGUAUGAAUUCUACAACCUUAUAAUAAAAUUUACCAUAUUCA